AUGUCUCCCCUUCCUAACACAGAGGGCAGCUCCCCCACCCCUCCUACCCGGGCCGUGCUAUCAUGCCGCGAGUCUAGGAAACGUCCAAGCCCCGGGCCGGCCCCGGCCGCGCCGACGACGCAACGAGCGCCAGCUCCGCCGGAGGCCGCCGCGACCCACGAGGGAGUUCGCCCGGAGUUGCUUGUUGGAGGGAGUCGGAGCGGGUGCCGCUCCUCGGUGCGCUCCUGGCCGCUUUCACAGAAGAACUUCGGGAUUCUUUUCAACGUUCUCCGCUCUUCGUUUGGUUUCGGGCUGCGGCGAGAGCUCUCGCGGCUGAGCCAGGGCUGCGGCGGAGCCUCCCGUCGUCCGGAAGCGGCGAGCGCUCGGCAGUCGCUAGGUCCGAUCUCCGUCCGCGGGGCCGGCACGGGGCCGCCGCCGCCGGAACUGGGCGAGAGCGAGCGCGGCCCCGGGGCGGUGUCGGCCCCUGAAGAGGGUUUCGCGGAGGCUUCGGCCCCUCCCGCUGACAGCGGCGGCAGCGAGCGGGACGGGACCGUGUGUAUUCUCCCCUUUUCCUCCCCCUUAGGCGCAACUCCAGGAGCGCGAUCUCGUUCCCACGGCAGAGACGCGGCGGGGCGGCUCGCGGGACCGGCACGCUGCUGCGGCUGGCCGCGUCGUCCUGAGAACAGACGGAGCGGCGAGGCGGCGGAGUCGCUCUUCCCGCGGGAGAAGCGGCAGGUAUUGAGCCGUGCCCGGGGACGGAUGGAGAACGAGCGCGGCGGUGGCCUGGGAGGAGAAGGCGGGGGACAUCUUUGGGGUGCCUGCUCCGGGCCGUGACAAGGAAGCCGGCGAGAGCUCCGGCACGCGGCUGGAAGCGGCCUCCCGGCUGCGGGCAUCACUGCUCAGGGUGGGCUGGAACCGCCCUGCGGGGCGCGCUGGUUGCGGGAGAUUCCCUCAGGGUGUGGAAGGUACGAGUUCUG